AUGAAUUCAAUCAAAAAGCUAGUUGCAUCAUUUGAGCCCUUUUACCUGCCUCCGCUCGAGGCAGAAAAGGCACAAUCCCUCGACGACAAGGUCCAUAAGGAUCCAGAGCAGGAAGCCCCCGAAACCUUAGAAACAACCGAAUCCACAGAAUCAAAUGAACCCGUCGCAUCAAAACAACCGCCAGCGCCUUCCUUUCUUCGGCAGCUCUGGUCACUCAUUUUGUUUCUCCCCCAGAACUUGAUCAUACGCCCACUCAUGCUCUUGUGGCUUCUAAUAACAUUCCCAUUCACCUACUUCUUUGAACAGGAGUAUCCUCAGAUUCUCAGCAACAACUCGCCGACCUCCCAGGAGGAGCAGCGGGAGAAGAUUGAGUUGCUCAAGCAAGAGCGCAUCAUGGCCAACCACAUCAAGUCACCGUCUUCCCUGUCGAAGUACUUCAUCCCACCUCCGCCCAGACUAUUCCCAUUAUCCAGAAAUCCCGACAAAAGAAAGAAGAAGAAGGUGCUCAUAUUAGAUCUAGACGAGACGCUUAUCCACUCGCUCUCACGAGGUGCUCCCCGGUCACUCGGCGGAUCUGGCGGCCAGUGCCACAUGAUCGAGUUGAAAGUCAACAACGUCUCCACACUAUACUAUGUUUAUAAAAGACCCUACUGCGAUUAUUUCCUCAAGGAGUUGAGCAAGUGGUUUGAGCUUCAGAUAUUCACUGCCAGCGUGCAAGAGUAUGCUGAUCCCAUCAUCGACUGGCUAGAAAUGGACUUGAUCGACUACAAGAAGGUCCAAGGUGCCCAGCGAGACCCACCAAGCAAGGUGUUCACCAAGCGCUACUACCGUAACGAUUGCACAUACAGACAGGGCGUCGGAUAUAUCAAGGAUUUAUCCAAGUUCUUCCCCAAGGACGACGAUCUCAAGAACGUGAUCAUCUUGGACAACUCCCCAGUGAGUUAUGCUUUGCACGAGCACAAUGCCGUGAUGAUCGAGGGCUGGAUCAACGACCAGAGCGACAGAGACUUGGUAAAUCUUUUGCCCAUGCUCUACAGUUUGAGUAUGUGUAUUGACGUGAGGUUUAUCUUGGGAAUGCGGAGCGGCGAAAAACUCUUUGAGAGUUUAUGA